AUGGAGGAAGUCAUCGCCGCGCUGGAACUCCUGGAAACGGAGGUUCACGGUUUAAUCGCAGCAAGAAGGGAAUUCACCCCAACAGGAGCAGCUUUCAAGGACGCGACCGCGCGUGAUCCGAUUCUAAAGGAGGUACUGCAGCGUCUGCUCCGUGGUUGGAAGAAAACUGAUUUCCGAGAUAGUUUCCUUCGCGUUUUCGCUCAAAAAGCAGAUUCUUUGUGCGAUGUUCAGGGUAUCCCACUUUACGACGAUCGCGUGAUCAUACCAACGGCGCUGCGAGCUCCCGUCCUACGCAAACUGCACCAAGCUCAUCCGGGAAUCGUCCGAAUGAAAGCGCUGGCUCGCGCGCAUUUCUGCUGGCCGGGUAUCACUUCCGACGUGGUGGAGGUUGUCAAAUCGUGUGCGUAUUGUGCCAAGCAGACCGCAAAGCCGGUCAAAGUCCCUCUCGCACCGUGGCCGGAUCCCGAGAAACCUUGGGUCAGGCUUCACCUGGACUUCGCUGAGCCUCAGGAGGAUAACGCGUUCCUCGUGAUUGUUGACGCUUUCUCAAGGUACGUCGACGCGACCUUCAUGAGUCCAGCCACGAGUUCCGAGCUUGUGAAAUACUUGCGGGUCGUUUUUCGUCAUUUCGGUCGUCCAGAAACGAUCCUUUCUGACGAUGGCGCUCAGUUCACCAGUUCUGAUUUCGCACAACUUUGUCAAGAUUUCGAUGCCGUUCAUCUCCGGAGUCCUGUGUACUCGCCGCAGAGUAAAGGUUGUGCGGAAAAAAUGGUUUCUACGCUAAAGUCUUCCCUGGAACGAGCUAACUCAAGAGCACUCGACGAAGCCGUGGUUGCUUACAACUAUACACCGAACGCCGCUCUGGAUGGAAAGACCCCAGCUGAAGUUUUCUCCAAGCGUAUUCUUCGGUCGCCUUUCUCCGUCUUUAGGUCGCAGCAGUCGAGGCUGUCAGAAAAAAGUGAGAAAUUCUAA